AAAUGAACAAAUAGAAACCCAGACAGAUCUGGCGCGAUUUUCGACUGGCCACUGUCCUUAGAUUAUCAGGUCUUAUGGGUAUUUCCUAUGGUGAGGGACAGACAACUUUCUUGGGAACCUUCGUUGCAUAGAACAAUAAGGACUAGCAAUUUCGUAUUCAGGGUCUAAAUACCGAUCGUUUAAAUGCACCAAGAGUGUCGUUUGCGUGACUUCAAAGGAUUCAGACCUACUGGAGCUUCACUUCGAUAUAGCGUGACGUUCUUGCAAAUUGAUUUGAAGAAAGACACAUUUUGUGUUUUAAAUAAUUUAUUAAAAGGGAUUUACAACGAUUUUACUAACGCUUAUCAACGCUUUGAAGAACCAGAUGUUUCAUUUCAAGUGUCUGCGCAGCGCAGAAUUGUUGCACGACUUAAUGUGUUAGUUCUUAUAUCACAACGUGUAUUCGAGGCUGUACGUGGACUACCUCACCUAAGAACUCCUCUUCUCCGAUCAGUAUACCAUAUUUUACGUUUACCACUUUGGCACCACAACCCUUCACUGCGAUGUGCAGCUUUACGUUGCCUUCGUUAUUAUGUACAUAACAGCGUUGAUGUUGAGCUACUCUUGGAAUGUCGUCUAGAUCUAUUGAUUGCUCGAUGUAUGGACUUAUCUUAUUAUCCCACAAAGUUUAUUUUAUCAAAUGGGUUGUCUGGAAAUUCUUCGGCUACCUCAAGGGCAAAUAAUAAUCCGCGUACUAAAUUCCUUAUCACAUCGAAUCCAAUCAGUUCUACGUGUUAUUCUUCAUCUUACCAGUUGAGUGAAGAAUCAUCAAAUCAUCAGCUAAUUAGUGAUCAUUAUCAGUCCUCUGGAGUCUUAUUAAAAGGGACAAAUGCUACCCGUUUCUCUCGUCCUCGUUUUUCGGAUACUGAUCAUCCUAUAAAAUCAACUAUAACAACUCGAAAUUCCUCACCACCUUUUCUGUCUUCUAUUGGUGAGCGCCAAAUUGUACUGCGUUUGAUUUACUACCUCACUCAACUUACACCACGAUUAAUUCCUCCAAGUAUAAUUCAUGCUGUUGCUGCUCCUUGUUUAGAAGUUCAUCGUCAUUUGAUUGCUAAUUCAAAUGAAUCUAGUAAUAAAGGAGAUGCUCAUGCGGCAUCAGGUGUGGGAGUCCCUGCAGUUGUAUCACGUCAUAUACUUCAAAAUCGUCCUUGUCGUAUUGGAAAUUUUGGAGAAGCAAAAGUUAAAAUAAAUGAUUUUAAUGAUCUGGAGCUAGAUACAACUAUCCGGGGUUGUUUACUAAUUCUUGCUGAAUUAGUUAUUUUAGCCCUAGAACGUCUAGUUGUACGCACAAAUCCUUCAAUUGUUAAUCAUUCGAAAAUUAAAUUAUCUUAUUCCAAUUAUUACCAUUACUAUUACCACUACUAUUAUUGUCAUCAUCAUGAUGUCGAUCAUGCCAACAAUCAUCGACAGUUUUAUUAUUAUAAUAAUAAUAGUGGUAAUAACAAGUUGAACGUUUCAAUUGAUAAUGGAAUCAAAGAAAAGUUACUGUUAUUGUUUCCAUUCAUUGGACAAAUUAUAAUUCAAGCUUUAAUGACUACAUUCGUGUUCAAUAAUAGUACAAUGCAUACAUAUCAUUCAUCACGUAUUCACGAAGCUGUUAUUCUGUCGUUGAUUACAGUUCUUAAUCGCUCAGAGUGUACACAACUUUUACCUAAUAGUCUUAUUUCGAAAUUCUUCGUUACUUUCACAUCUCCAUCAUAUUUGCUGCCUCGAUCGAAAUUACCUUUCAAUGUAUAUCCUUCAUUUCCAAUCUGUGCUAGAAAUUGUCUAAUUCUUCUCCUUCGUUCAUGGCCAGGUAUUUUCCAUUUUAUUCAUGAUGGUCUCCCAACUUUACAAACUUUACUGUAUACGUUGGCUGUUGGUAAUACAGAAAUAAGAAACCAAAUAUUAAGCUUAUUAUAUGGUUUAUUCCCAACAAUACCUAUACCUCAUUCAUCUGUCAAGGAAUUAGAACCAACCAUACUGGGUCUUAUUGAAGCAUUGUCUACUGGUUCGUUCUCUUUGUUGCCUGUAAUAAAUCUAUCGAGUCCAUCAGGGAAGAGAAGUGAUUAUUUACUCAAUGAAAUGUCAUGUUCAUAUUUGGACAGUUCUUCACGACGUCUAUUCUCAAUAUUACCAGUAAGGUGUAUUUCAUCAUCGUCAUCUAGUGCUUGGAAUAUUGAAGGUGAUUUCAUUCCUGCAGAAGGUUGUCGUCUGUUAACUAAAUACGAUUCUAUUGGAAUUGAUUUAAUGAAUAAUUAUUAUGCCAUAUUACUUGCUACAUUGAUUCAAGCUGGAUUAUACGAGGCUCUGAUUCGUGCAGUUUCCGAUUCAAAUCAAGUAACAUCUACUCGUGCUGGUUAUCUUCUUGGUUUGUUGGCUUACAAAGUUGAAAGUCUGUUACCUCAAGAACAUCCGGCGUGUAGGCGUUUACAUCAUGCUGGUUUAUUGCAUCCAGAUACUCCAGGUAGUCAGUUAGCUGUCUUGUGGUUGGAACGAAUACAUCGUGCUAUGCAAUUGCAUGAAACUCAACUAAUUGACACAUCUAACCUUAUUCACGUGCCAUUGCAUUCUCCCUUUCUGGAAUGUUUAGCCAAACAAUCUGCAAAUAAUAUCUCUCCAACUUAUUAUCCUUUGAAUCCAUUGCUACAAGAUCAAAUGGAACUUACGGAUACAACUCUAGAUCAGUUGAUCGCAUUAUCAAAUGUGUUAUCAUUCAAGUCAAAAUCUCAACAUGGUCGUUUUAGUCAAUGUCAGGUGACUACAUAUGAUACUAAGUCACCGGAGUUAUGGAAUUGGAACAUUUUAACCUCAUUAGGCCGUCAUUUAGCUGUAACACGAUGCACAUUUUCUUGGGAAUCAAAAUCACAUAUGAAAUUUCUAAAAGCAGUCAUGGAGUUUUUGAUACCAGAUCAGACAUGCAGAACAGGUAUAUCAGAUUGCAAAACUGAAAAAUGCUCUAUUCCGAUUUCUCCUCCAGUAGUAUAUUCUUCUAUUCCAAGUAAAUCUAUGCAGUCAUCGGAUGGGCUAUUACCAGUUGAUGGACUUCUGAAUGCAAUCAGUGAUAAUCGUAAUUUUGUGCUACAAAGUGUAAAUACUUUGAACGCACACGAUAAUACUGAUCAUUUAUUAGUAUAUUCUCGAGAGAAAAACAUGUCUGAUAUUAAUGCUACAAGUACUAUCAUGAAUAAUAAUUCUAAUACAAGUCGAUCGAAUUAUUUAAUCAAUCCGAAUGCCAAUUUCAAUUUAGCUUGGCUUUCAUAUAAUUGGCCUCAUGCGUCAGCUGCUGGAAUUUUAGCUGCUGGAUUAAUAACACAUUUGGCAUACUAUCCUCCAGCUAGUGAACCAUUUCAAUACUUGGAUCGUUUUUUAACUGUACUCCAUCUAUGUUUAAAAUAUGUACUCAACAAACAGUCUAAUGAAUCAUUACUCAGUCAUAAUGAUAAUAAUAACGGUAAUAAUAAAUCAAUAAGUCAGAAACUUUCGCAAGACAGUAAUAAUACUCCUAACAAUAGUAAUAACACUAAUAUGAUAUUAACAUUCCAUCCAAAUUAUUUAGCUAAGAGUUGUGGUGGUCUGAUUUUGUUUGCCGCAUCACGAUUAACCAAUUCUGAAGUCGGUGAAUUACGUUUGGAAAAAAGCGAUCUUUAUUUAGAUUUCCAGUGUAUUUUAAUGUUUCCUAGUCAAUUGAAAAAAAAUUCCAAUACAUAUACUGAAACUCACUGUAGUGUUACAGAUGAUAAGCGUAAUCAACAAUCCAUUUUUCUAAAUCAUGCGAAAAUUAUAUUAUCUAGUCUAGAUUAUACACAUUCUACUAAAUUGAGUCGUUUGCUCUUGACAACUGCUGUAAAUAGUGGUAUAAAGCCUUUACGAAUUUAUACAAUUCGUUUGAUUCGUCUUUUAUUUCGUCUGAAACUGCCGUUUCUAGCAAGUUGGUGUAUAGAUUUAGUUGUAAAACUAUGCAUGGAUCCAUCAAACAAAAUUCGUCGUUUAGCCUUAUGCCUAUUAGAAGAAUUAUGUUGGGAUCCUGUAAAUGUUCAGGCUUUAUCGCAAAAUAUUCUACAUAACCAAACCAAUGAUGACAAUAAUAAUGUUUGUCAAAAAAACUUUUUAACACCAUUUGCUAUUUAUUUAUUGCAUGGUAAUACCGGUCCAAUAGGACAUAGAAUAUUUGGUAGAAUUCUUUCUAUCACGACUAUAUUCGAUAAACUGUGCAUGAAUCAUAUUACUUGGAGACAACCAAAUUCAUCAUUUCUUCAUUGUGAUGACGGUCGUUGUUGUACACCGCAAACAAAUAAGAAUAUAAAUUGUUCAAACUCAUGUCUGUCUUGUAAUGAACUGAAUAGUAGUAAUAAUGAUAUUAACAAUAAAUCCGUGUUAAGUGAUCCAGUGAACUGGAUGUUAGAUGUUGCACGAAAGCACUACAAUUUAGCUUAUGCAAAAGAAAUGGACGAUCGGUUUACUUCAUUGUUUGUUACAUAUGGAACGAAAUUACUUUCGGGUACAUCUUAUAAGUCAACAAGUUUCACAUCUUUUGAUUCAACAACAACGAACUUACAGAUACUGUCACCUUUACAUUUUAAUACCAAUACUGACGAUGAAAAUAAUGAUGAUGAAGAAAACAGUGAGAGAAUUGAUCGACCUAGCAAUUCAGAAUUUAAUUUUGAAGACAAUUAUUUUAUUGAAGAAACUGACUCAGUAUCCGGAACGUAUGUAUCUCCUCCGUUGGUAAAUGAUCAAUCUAUUGGUCAAGUUGUUGAUGGACAUGAUAGUUUUCAUUGUUUACCGCUUCCAAAACAUCUUUAUGCAUGUAUAGCUGAACAUCGUAAUGGAAUCGACUUGUUAGAUACAAGAAAGGAUUUAGAGACCGCUGUUGCUAAUAUACGUUCUGUUUUGCCUCAAAUAAUCAACGAUAAGUAUGAAGAAACAAACACUUAUAAUGAUACUAAUUCCUUGUUAAAACUUAAAGCAGAUAUGUGGGCUUUAGCUCAUACCUGUUCAACAUCUUACGGACAAUACUGGUUAUUAAGACAUCCUGAACUGAUGACAUUAUUAACCAGUCUUGCUUUACACUCCUAUCUAAUGAACAUCAGAGCGGUUGCAUGGAUUUGUUUGAAUUUAAUUGCUACAUCAUCAAAUCAAAUUUUUCGACAAAAUAACUGUCUAGGAAUCUUAGAAAAUAACAAAUCAUCAAAGCACAUUAAUGAUCUUAAGUGCAAUGAAUCUUUAUCCGAUUGGUUAUUCAUUCCUCAAAUAUUUUGUGAUAGAAAUGUUAAAACUAACGAAGGAGCUCAAGAUGAGAUAUUGGCCUACCCGAAAGUCCAAUCACUCAGUGGACAAAUGAUCCAAACCAAGUCAAAACCAAAUCGAUUACUUCCUGAUAUAGUUUCUGUCAUUCCUCCAGUCACUAAUUUCGAAGCAGAAACUAAAAAUGAAAAUCUUCCUCUUAGUACACAAAAGUCCAUCAAAUCGUCAGUUCGUAGUCAAGUAUUUGGAAACUUUAAUCGUUCCCGUCAAUGGUUGCAUCGUCGUUGGUCACCUAAUCAUAGACGGCUUUCUCCACCAAUUUCUGAAUCAAGAGAACAUUCGUCAUUUCAUUUACCGAGUCAUCAUCAUUUUGUAUCAUUUGUUAAACCAAAGCAUUCAAUAAAUUCUUUUACUCAAAUUGAUUCGUUCAGUUAUGAUGUAUCAUCUGUCAAUAUUUCAUCUAAGCAACUUUAUUCUACAUGGACACAUCGUGACUGUAUUUCACAUCGUCAAGUUGUUUCGCCUUCGUUUACCACAAAUGGAUCAGCACUUGCUGUUGAUCAUGAUGAUCAUGAAUUGACCGAUUCAAAGCCUAAUUCUAAUUGUUCGGAUACCAGAUGGUUGUUACAAUCGUUGUUUCACUGUGUACACAAAAAUCAAAUUAUUUAUUUACCAACUGAUAUAAAAAUAUUGGGCUUUAAAAAGUAUACUAAAAAUAAGCAGAAAUACACAUUGAAGAAUCCGAUUAAAUCACUUCAGUUAUCAUCACCUCCAUCAUUAUUCAAUAGUAAAACAAAUGUAUCGGUCAGACCUUUUUAUAAUGAUAAUUCACAUUGUUUAUUUAGAUCACUGAAUUCUCUGGACAAUAACAAACAUUCAAUAUCCUUUAUUGAUGUUGCUGUGCAUGUUCAAUUAAUGUUAUCUUUAUAUUCUAAUGACAAAUUACCUACAUUAUCAUCGAUACCUGAUGAAAUAUCAACAGAUACUACUAAUUAUACUGCUAAAAAUGAUAUCAGUGAGUGUUCAUCAAUACAGCAAAGUAGUUGUAACAACGAAAAUCGAUUGUAUUCAUCCAGUAUACAAAUUACUGAUCAUUCAAAUAUUUCCUCGUCGCACCAAGAAAAUCAUGCAUUUGAAAAAUCAUCACUUAUAUCUGAUGAGAUUCGUAUUGUUUCUGCCCAGCCCUCCAUCACCUCUGUAUUGUCAUCUAAUCAGAAUUAUUUUGAGCAUAAAAACCAGUAAGCAAUUGAUUUAUUUGUGUUAUGAUGUCUCACAAGCAUUAUCAUGUGCAUCGCAGAUCCGUUCAGGUUGAGUAAGGUUUCAAAAAUGUAGCGUAAAAUGUUUUACCCACAUAUUUUAAAAAUUGGUGUUCCCACUGAACUUUUGUAGGUUCCUACUUUCGAAAAACAGUUUUAUUCAAUAAGACUAUCUUUAACCCAUACUUGAGAUUGAUUAGCGAGCAAUUAGCUUGUGAGAAAUAAAAUAAACAAUUUUAAGUAGUAGUACAUCUAAUUUAAAGAAUAAGAUUGCUAGUUGGAUUGAUUUUAACAAUAAUCCUAACGUAAAUUUCGUUAAUUAUAGUAAUGGAAGCUCAUUCUCCUCGGCAUCGAUUCAUAGGUUUGGAUUCCACUUUCAUGCAGCUAUGAAGUCUCUGCAAAUUCACAGAGAUUUGUUCAGAAGAUCGAAUAAUUCCAAGUAAGUUGGGUUUUUAGUAAUACGUAUUUAAGUGGAACGUUAUCGCCCAACCCCUCAAUCAACCAAUCGUUUUCAAAGUGUGAUUCUUAGUUCCCCAUUCUUCAGAAAACGUAUUUUAAAGUAAUUUUGGUAACUAAGUCGGAUCUAUUUGUUAUUGUGUAUACCUACACUGGUUGAUAUGACGGCCAAAAAUGAAACCCAAUAUUUAAGUCUUAAUUGAUUGGAGAGUGAAUGGCCUACAAACUAACUUCUUCCAAUCGUCCUCGUCACUUGAUCAUGUUUAUUUUGUUUUCAGAUUCUGUUCUUCUGGCUAGUGCUCUUGUCUUUGAUCUCAAGCCGUUCGGGACGAGAUGAAUUGUCAAUGAAUCGGUUCCAUGAGUGACCAUCACUCAGCCAAAUCGUAUCACUGAUUGAUCAGCGUUUUACUGAUAGACUUUAACAAUCGAUUCAUCGGACGAAAAAACUAGUUGAUGUAAAACCGAAUUGAUAUGUCAUAAUCCAAUAAAGACAGUGAAUGAUGUUAAAAUAUGUGAAAAUUCUUUAAUAAUGAUAGUUUAUUGAAUAAAUUAGUUAUCAAUUCAAAAAUAACCGUAUCAUUGUUGUUCGUAUUAGCUGGUAAUUUUUAGUUAAAAUCUAACUUAUCUACUUUGUUUUCUUUUUUAUCCAUUACAACCAUUUGCUGUGUGCAGUGAAUUAAGUAUUUCACCAAAUCAUUCAAUUGAAAAAUUGGGUGCAGUUGACGAUUGGCUUGUUUCAUCUGAAGUGAAUGAAAUAAAUUUGACUAGAAAUGAUAAUGAUUUGCCCAGAUUAUCUGUUGUAAGAAUAUCAUCUGAAGAAUGUAUUGACGUAGAACAAUCUCCUGAGUUAUCAAUUAAGCAUCACCAUCAGUUGAAGAAUACAAAUGAUCAUGAUGAAAGCAACGAUAAUAAUAAUAAUGGAUGGAGUAAUACUGAAAAUAAAGUGAAUUCAUCAAUUCGUUCAAAUUGUCUAUCACCUAGUACAUGUCUUUCUUAUUCAUGUUCUUUGACUAACAAUGAUAAUAGUGGUUCGCAAUGUGACCAACAAAUGACUGAACAAGAUAUGUGGUGUAAUCAACUGUUAGAUUCUAUAUCGAAUUUAUCAUCGAACGUAUUCUCCUGUUCAUCAUCUCAUGAUAAUAAUAGUAAUACAUUGGAUCAAAUUAUUCAUAAAGCUAUAAUUACACAACAAAAUUCCAAAGGCUCUAUACAACCUUUCAAUGCGUGUACCUAUACAAUAAUUGCUGAUUUACUUGGUUCCUAUCCUUUUUCGCGUUCAAUACGAACUAAAAUACAAUCUGUAUUUCUUUACUUUCAAUUAGAUGAACUUAUGGUCGACGCAAAUAAUUCUUUAAUUGAAGUCGAGAAAUAUUUGAAAUCAGAAUCAAAAUUUACUGAAUAAUGCAUCACUUCCCGUUUAUGUAUGUAUAUCAACGUGAUUCAUAUUUCUUUUCUUGCUUUGCGUGGAUAAACUGUACAUCGUGUGUACUGUUGUAUAUUUCUUUUAAAUUUUCAUCGCAUGAGAUCAAUUUAUCUGUUUUGUUGUAUAAUUAAAUUUAUCUCGAAGACCGUCUUUAGACACUGUCCUUCAAUUUUGUUGUACGUUUUAUCAUAUGUAAACAGGAGCAUAUAUGUUUUACACCAAAAUAUAUUCUAAAGGAAAAUGGUAGGGAUAGCGAACUUUUCACUUUAUAUAUUGUUUAUUCCAUUUUCUAUUUCAUUAUGUUUGCUAGACAGUUAAUUUGUACGAAACUACUGGAAACAGGAUUGCGAAGUUGCUUUUCAGGUGAAAGAUAUAAGGAGGAAGCGAAUUAGAAGCAAGAUUUGUGAGAGUAAGUUUGAAAUGAAUUAUCAAUUGAAAACUGAGUGAUUCUUUGUUAAUGUGAAUACGUUUCAUCAUAGUAAUAAUGUGCAUAAUCGAUUCAUAUAGAAACAAAUAUGUGUAUUUACACACACACAUGUGCCUCUCUGUCCACAUAAAAGAAAUGACCCUAUUUGCCUUCUGUGAACCUUUAUUUAUUCACCCUCAUUCUCGACUUCUAUUUUUUCUCUUUCGAGCAACUUAUAUCUCUAAACACUUAGUGGGCAAAGAGAGAAAUGUAGAUCUUUUUGGAAACUCCACAUUUUAUUUGUCCUCUCACUUGUGUAUUCAAAAAAUCUCUGUAUUUUUUAUUCUCCUACCUUUCCUUGUAUGUUUUUUAUACGUGUAAAUAAUUGUAUGCACCCAACAUAUUUGUCUUUUCUUCCGUAUUAAACAAAACUCUUCUUAUAUCCCACUACUAAUGUUACUUGAUUAUUAAAAAAAACGAUUUCUUUCUUGCACAUAUGUGUUGUGCAUGUAUAGUAAUUCUUUAAAUGUCGUCUAUGCACACAUUUUGAUAAAUUUCUCCCUUCUAAAAUGUGCAUAUAUCCAUUCACCUUGUCUUUAAUAGAGUUUUACGCCAUUUGUAUGCGUGGAUGUGCUUUUGUGAUGCGAUUAACAAAGUGUUCCCCUCUCACUGUCUUUUCUGUUUUAUAUUAAUUAUUCAUGUUUGUCAAUAUUUUUUAUGUAUAUGACUUUGCAAUAAAAAUUUUUUAAAGGAGAGAAAAAAAAAUGAAAUCGAAAGAGGUUGUGUAAUCAUACAAUAUUAAUAAAAUCAUAGUAAUAAAUUCCUUG